AUGGACAGGACGAGACGGAAGUGGCUGCGCAAGUUCACAGUCGACCUCUUCUUUCGCCACCGGAAGCAGAACUAUGUCCAUCGGCCUCUUUCGCCGGGCCAGAUCCGCGUUUUGCAUCUCCGCUCCACCAAGUCAAGAGAGAUCUACUGUACUAUCGAGCAUGUCGACGUGGACAAGGCAAAAUAUGUUGCGCUAUCUUAUGCAUGGGGGAGAGAGGAUAGACUGUUUGAACUUCCAGUUUGCAACGAGAAUGGAUCUUUGGAAGGGAUUCUGAAUGUGACUGCUAGCCUUGGCAGUGCCAUCCAGGAUGUGAUGGGAUCGAACUGGCAGUUCAAGACCCUCUGGAUCGACCAAAUUUGCAUAAACCAACACGACGUCAUGGAGAAACAACGGCAAGUCAGCUUGAUGGGCAAGAUAUAUUCGAAUGCCAGGUCGGUCAUCACCUACCUCGGCCCGGCGCGUCACACGGACCGCGCCGCCUUCCUACUACUUGAUUUGGCUUGCGACAGAUUCAUAACGCCGCUACUCGAGAUGAAUUACCACCAGGUCAUGAGUGCCUUUAAGAAAAUGGAAUUUCACAUCUCCCUUGCACCAAAGAAAACAUGGACGGGGAGCAAGGCAUCGCUUCUGAACCAACCAAGGACAUCAGUUGCGGAGGACUCUUCAUGGUUGGACCUUUUGAUGAUUCUUACUGGCCCCUGGUCUCAACGUCUAUGGAUGAUACAAGAGAAUACGCUAAACCGGAAUACCUGGGUUCUACGGGGGAAGAGAAUCAUUAGUCAGAACACGGUGCUACUGCUCGCUGUCUUCAUACUUCACAAAAUGGACAUCAGCCAAAAGCUCGACCCGGACAUGGAUGAGAUUAUCGACCGUCUGUGCCAUCUCCAGCAGAUCUGGUGUCGAAGAAUCAGGAAGCUUUCUGCAAAUCAUCUACACGAGCUUUUAACUUGCUUCCAAUCUGCGAGAUAUCAAGAUCCGCGUGAUCGGAUAUAUGCACUAUUGGGUGUUGCAAGUGAUAGAAAGAAGCUGGGUGUUGAAAUUAACUACCUCAAAUCCCCCAACGAGGUGUUCACCAAAACCACAGCAUCUAUGAUUCAGGCACACGGCUUGCAAAUAUUAACGUGCAAUUUUGAUCCUCUCGAGAUGAGGCCGGAGACCCUCCCAUCGUGGAUCCCUUCAUGGAACGCUGAUGGGUCUAACUCUGGUAUGGAGACCCGUUAUUGGAAGCAUAGCCCUUCAAUAAAAUCUGAGACUAGCUGUUGGUUUGAAGACGGCCUCAGUGUUUUGGCCGUUGAAGGCACACAGAUUGGAGAAGUUUUGUUCAAAUUCGAUGCUUGGGACUGGAACUUGUACAGUUUAUACGAGUCUAGAGAUCUGAGCACAACAUCGGAACGCUUUGCUACUUUCAUCCGUACUUUGAACCACGUGGAAAGUUUUAUUGAUGCUGAUGACGAUGAAACCCACUUGAUCAUGGGAUGCACGCUACUUGCCUCAUCCCAAGAUAUUCACGAUCCGGUGGUUGGAAAACAGGGUAUUAUUACUGGAUACCGAACUGCUGUCGAGAUGAUUAAAAUAGAAGCCGAAAGGAACUGUAACUUGGAUAGGACCAGCAUGAGCACCGAUGAUGAUCUGGACUUUGAGGAUAUACCUCUUCAAGCUCGUCACCUGGGCAAGUCUUUCAUAUCUAGCAUGUCAAGGCUGAAGAAUUUCACACUAUGCACAGUUGCUGGGGGACAUGCAUGCAUGGCUCCUGUGGAUACAAGGCCCGGAGAUGUCGUGGUGAAGAUGCUGGGCGGCUGCGAGGUAUUUGUCCUAAGACCUACCUUGAGCGAUGGCAUAUACCAAUAUGUUGGACCAGCUUAUUUAUAUGGGUAUAUGGAGGGAGAAGAACUCAAGGAUCCUGACUGGAGGGAUAAAUUGCAAGUAAGUAGAAUAAUUUGA